CGCCAAGACACUCCGGUGGUGGCAGUGUUCUAAAUUCUAAUGUAAUACAAAUACACGGCGUGUAGUCGUGCACUCCUUUCGCUUUGAAAUCAAAUGGUCCCUCCCAACUUUAUCCUGAUUCCUGACCAUUAGAAAAUAAUGGUGACUCCUACCAACAUUCCCGUCACCAUCAUCUUUUGAUUUACUGUUGUGACAUGCGUUAACAUUCGCUCUUUGGUGCGUUCAAAGACCGAAAAUUUGUUCACUGUCACACCGUCGAUCGCCCACGUAUACCCUCGGAAAGAUUUUGGGCUCCACUUUCAUGUUUAGCCGGGUCAGUCCUUUUAUCUCCUGCUAACGAAAUGGAUUCUACUCUGCCACAUGUCUUUCUCGUUCUCCGUCUCUAUGUAUCUGUCUCCCGGCUGAAAAUCUCCCCCACUUCAACCACAUUUAGCUGAUGGGAAAUGCAUUUCGCUGCUGCCUCUCAGAAUCAUCAUUUGCAGCGGAGAAGUAGCCAGAGAGAGAGUGAGAUUGCUUUGUUUCUGUAUUGUCCCAUGUCAUGGAGCGCUACGAGGUACUGAAAGAUAUUGGAUCUGGAAACUUUGGGGUUGCCAAGCUUGUUAGAGAUAGGUUGACUAAGGAGCUCUUCGCUGUCAAGCUUAUUGAGAGAGGGCAGAAGAUUGAUGAACAUGUACGGAGGGAAAUACUGAACCAUAGAUCCUUGAAGCAUCCCAACAUAAUUAGAUUCAAGGAGGUCCUUCUAACACCUACUCAUCUAGCCAUAGUCAUGGAAUAUGCUGCUGGCGGUGAACUCUUUGAGAGGAUAUGUAAUGCUGGUAGGUUCAGUGAAGAUGAGGUAUAACUCAUACAAGAACUUAUUUCGGGGGUCAGCUACUGUCAUUCAAUGCAAAUUUGUCAUAGAGAUCUUAAACUGGAAAACACACUUUUGGAUGGGGGCACAGCACCACGCCUUAAAAUAUGCGAUUUUGGGUAUUCAAAGUCAUCUGUCUUCCAUUCUCAACCCAAAUCAAAAGUAGGAACUCCAGCUUAUAUUGCACCAGAGGUCCUAUCAAGAAGGGAAUAUGAUGGAAAGGUUGCAGAUGUUUGGUCUUGUGGGGUCACAUUAUAUGUAAUGCUGGUUGGCGCUUAUCCGUUUGAAGAUCCUGAUGAUCCUAGGAACUUUCGCAAGACAAUUGGGCGCAUACUUAGCGUCCACUACUCUAUUCCCAACUAUGUCCGAGUGUCCUUGGAAUGUAAACAUCUUCUAUCCCGGAUUUUUGUGGCUAACCCUGAAAAGUGGAUAACCAUUCCGGAAAUUAUAAUGCACCCAUGGUUCUUAAAGAACUUGCCAAUAGAAUUAAUGGAAGGAGAAGUAAGCUUGCAGAGAAAUGACAUAAAUGAUACAUCUCAAAGUAUUGAAGAUACAUUAUUUAUAAUACAAGAGGCACGGAAACCAGCUGAAGGGCCCAAGCUUGGCAGUCAUCUCAUUGGAGGCAGCAUGGAUCUUGAUGAUAUGGAUUCAGAUGCUGACAUAGAUGAUACUGAGACAAGUGGUGACUUUGUUUGUGCUUUAUGACUGUAUAUAUAACUUGCAAUGUGAUCCAGUUGAAGAUCGGCAAAAAGUGGAGAGUUCUUUCAACAACUCUGUGUGUCCACAGUUCAUCCAGUUGAAGAUCGUCCCUUGCACACAGGAACCUUGUUAUGUUGUAUUUGUAGAUAUAUGUGCUUUAAAUGUGUGUUUGUCAUUGUUGCAUAGGGCCUGUUUGGGGGGCAGGGGCGCUGAACUGAAGAUUCAGCUAAGCUGUUCAGCUGCUUUGAAGCACUCCAAAUAAGCUAUUUAAAGAUGCUGAAGCCAACAGCCGUUAAAAUACUGAUGGACAGCCGAGUGGAACUCACCUCCGAAAACACGAGCGGCUGCACGCUUCAUCCCUCCCAAAUGGGUGCUUUAUCUGCAGAGCACUGCUUUAUCUGCCGGGCCCUCUAAUCUAUAUUGUAUUUAUUAGUAAAGUUGAUUUGAUUAUUAUCAUUACUGUUAAGUCUCGGAGAAAUUUGUUACCAAAAAAAUCCGGUAAAAGUUAUUUUCUUUUUUUUUUUUCGUAUUUAAUACGAUACAUCAACUUUUUAACGUAGUUGGUAAUAGCGGGAUUCAAUACGCAUUUCUACUACGCGUACCCAGCUAACAUGCCAAUCGAGUUACCACUUGUUAA